AUGGAUGACGUUGAAGAAAUAUAUCUUCCAUCACGUAAUCAACAUCAAACUGUAUCAAAAAGCUCUGAUCAUCAUUGGGUUUCUGUAACACAUAAUCGAUUGAGUAAACGCUUUAAAAUUUCGAUUGGUGUUUGUGCGGUGAUCGGUGUAGUUAUAUUUCUCCUCGUACUAAUUGUACCCACACUUACCAAUAACAAAUCAACAUUCUUUACUACUACUACUAAUACUGUUAUAAACACAACCACUCAAACUAUAUCAAACUCUACAAUCUCAACUUCAACAACAACAACCUCAACCUCGACGACAUCGACAUCCACAGCCUCAAUUUUGACCACAACAACAUCAUCUUCAACUUCAACUUCAUCAACAACUCCAACUUCAACGUCAACAACCUCAACUUCAACGUCAAGAACAACAACAACAACAACAACAUCAACUUCGACGUCAACUUCAACAUCAACUUCAUCAACAACUUCUACUUCAACAACAACCUCAUCAACAAUCUCAUCAACAACAGCACCACGAGGGUGGUCUAAUGCUAGUCGCAUGAAUAACGCACGUGCUGGACAUACAGCAUCUGUGUUGCCCAAUGGAGAAGUGCUUAUUGCUGGAGGAAACAAUAAUGUUAGUUACUCAAGCAGUACUGAAUUAUAUGAUCCAGCAACAGGAAAUUGGACAUUUACUGGCAGUAUGAAUUAUGCAAGGACACAGUUCACAGCAACCGUACUGGAGAAUGGGAAAGUAUUCGUUAGUGGUGGAUAUUACAACGAUAGCUGGUUAAAUAGUGCUGAAUUGUAUGAUCCGUUAACAAGAACAUGGACGUUAGCCAAUAAUAUGAGUGUUGAACGACAUCAACACGAAGCAUCUUUGUUCGGUAAUAGAACAGUACUAAUUACCGGAGGAGCAAAUACGUUAGGUGAUUUAAAUAGUGCAGAAUUAUAUGAUCUAUUAACAGGAAAUUGGUUCAGUACUAUUGCUAUGCAUUAUAGACGAGCAGUACAUACGGCGACAGUAUUAGUAAAUGGACAAGUACUAGUUGCUGGUGGAGUUCAGAGUGGUAGUUUCUUAAAGAGUGCUGAGUUAUACGAUCUAUCAACGGGAAUGUGGACAAUGACUGGAAAUAUGAAUUUUGAGCGAUGGCAACACACGGCAACUGUACUACCAAACGGAAAAGUGUUAGUUGCUGGUGGACUGGGUUAUUAUUACAGUAAUGGUUAUCUCAUUAAUGCUGAGUUGUAUGAUCCAUUAACUGGAACAUGGACGAACACUGCUAGUAUGAACUAUCCGCGAGGCAAACAUACUGCAUCUAUUUUGAAAAAUGGCAAUGUUUUAGUUACUGGUGGAUAUAAUGGAAUUGAUUUCACUAAUACUGCUGAAUUGUAUGACUUUGUAACAGAAACAUGGACAAUAGCCGAUCGUAUGUUCGAUGGACGAUAUUGGCAUACAGCAUCUGUAUUAACGAGUGACAUUGUAUUAGUUACUGGUGGAGCACGCUUUAGCGAUUAUCUAGAUGGAGCAGAAUUGUAUUAA